AUGAAAGAAAAGAGUUACGCUGAUGAGUUGAAAAUUCUUGAAAAUUUCAAAGAUACAAGGAAUGAAUGGUUUGUGAAAGAGGAGAAAAAGAAAAAGAGCAGAAAAGCAACUCCGAAAGUUCAAACUGAGGAGGGUUCAUCUUCUCAACCAAAGAAACGUCGAAAGAAAAAUGUUGAAACUAUGCUUGUUGAUGAAUCUGAGGAAGAAGAUGAAGCUGAAGCUGAAGCUGAGGUUCAUGUUGAAGGAGAUGCUCGUUUAUCUCCUAAUUCUGCAGAGUUUUUGAAAUCUCUUAAUGCUUAUAAUGCUGAGAAAGAAAAGGCAGCUGGUGAGGAAGAAGGUGACGAUGGAGAUAAAAGCUCUUCAAGCUCGUCUGAUGAAGAAAUUGACGAAACAGAGCAAUCUCAAACGCCUCCAUCUGGUGGUAGGAAGAAAGCAAGUGCUAGAAAGAGUGUAGUUUCUCCAAGAGCAGCAAGGAAGAAAUUGAUUGUGAGAUUGCCUAAACGAACACUAAAAACAAAAUCUUGUCAACCACCAUCACCACCACCUGAACCAUCUCCACCUAAAUCACCACAUAAAUCUCCACCAAAACAACCUACACCACCACCAUCACCUCCACCACAUUUAUCACCAUUACAUAUUUCAUCACUACAUCAAUCACCACCACAUGUAUCACCUCCACACCAAACACCAAUCCAAGAACAACCUAUUCUCACUUCACAAAAAAAUUUUCAAACACCACCAUCCACACAACCACCUGUCCAAACUACACCUGGUUCUUCUGGAUACAGAACUUUUCCAAAUAUUCCAGAAGGUAUUUCUCUUGAAGAAAUUGGAGAUUUUAGUUUUGCAAAUGAUGAACAGGUGAAGAGGUUAGAAAAGAAAUAUGAAGAGGUAUUGGUUGAAAAUAAGAGGUUGUUGGAUAGAGAAAAGAAGUUAGAGAAGCGUGUAAAGUCUGUGGAAGCUGAGAAUACUUCACUGUUAAAAAAAAUUGAAGCUGAUCAGACAGAGAUUGAUAUUUUAAAAGUUAAAGUUGCAGAAUUAGAAGAAGAGAAAGCAUGCCGAGAUGAGCAAAAUAAGUACUUUGAGUUGAAAAACAAAAAUUGGAAGCUGCAAAAGCUAUGA